GACAAGCGAUGGACGACAUCCCCGGUCUCGUAAAAAUCAGCGUCUCCCUCAAAAUCCAGCCUAACGACGGAGCCGUGUAUUUCAAGGUGGAUGGGCAGCGCUUCGGCCAGAACCGCACCAUCAAGCUGCUAACUGGGGCCAAGUACAAGAUCGAGGUGGCCGUCCGGCCCGGCACCGUCCAGGCCACAACAAUGGGCAUCGGAGGUGUCAAUGUCCCACUGGAAGAGAAAUCAAGGGAUGCACAGGUGGCCUCUUACACAGGGAUCUACGACACAGAAGGGGUGCCUCAUACCAAGAGCGGUGAGAGACAGCCCAUCCAGGUCAACAUGCAGUUUAAUGACAUUGGUGUUUUUGAAACCGUCUGGCAAGUCAAAUUCUACAACUACCACAAACGGGAUCAUUGCCAAUGGGGAAACAGUUUUGGCAGUAUUGAGUAUGAAUGCAAACCAAAUGAAACACGCAGUCUUAUGUGGAUCAAUAAAGAGACCUUCCACUGAAGAAACAUGAAAGCAAUACUGCUGGACAAUCUCCCUAAAGAAAAAUCUAACUUUUUAAACCAGCAAGAAGCCUUAACAAAGGCAUACUGUAACAUUGCUUUGCUCCAUAAUGUUCCAACAACUACAGUGUAUAUACAGGUGGUGCCGCUGAAAUAUUUGCCUAUUACUGUAUUUUAAGUUUACCAUGGCAUCUGCCAUUCUUUAUCUGUUACCCUGAUAAUACUGAAAAGUUUAAAGUAAAGAAUAUUUGAUAGCUAGGUAGAAAGUCACACCAUCAUACUACUGUCAUAAGUAUUUGGAUUAUUACCACUAAAUAUUUCCACUAGAUGUAAAAAAUUUUGAAGUGUUUUGCUUCAUUGCUUAGAAUUUGGAUACAGCAUCACACAGUGAUUUCUGUGUUCAUAUUUGUGUUUGCU